AUGUCUCACUCUGUUGAUCCAUUAGAGAACCAAUGUACUACUUGUGAAGAAGGUCUAAAAAGACUUUCUAGUCAAUUUGAAACUGCCGUGCUAAAAAUGUACGAACGUACUGAAGAACUAAUUAAAGACCGUGAAUUGGCCGAAAGACAACGAUUAGAGCGACUUUUAGAAACAGUAUCAGAACAGCUCAAUAAGAACGUAGCUGUUCUCUUUGAAAGUAUAAUUCAAAGAGAGAUAAGAACUCAUGUAUCACAAAAAAUAGAAAAGGCCGUUCAUUCACGUAUAGAUCAACGUAUGCACGAAUUAUCUUAUGCUUGUGUACAAGCAGUUAGUAAUGCCUUAGAAAGUAAAUCUAUUCAAACGGCUAUCAAUCGUACUUUAAAAAGCGGCGUAGUUGAUGCUUUACUUCCUACUGUUGAAAAUGGUCUUAAUGAAAUGCGAUUACAAGUUCUAGAACAUGUUAAAGGUAUAUCUUUACCUUUAGAGAAAGAAGUAGAACAAGAAGAGUAUCCGAGUGUUGAUAGUCGGGAUGAGACUUUAGAUCAAUUUGUGGAUAGUUUACGUUUAGAAGGUCAUUCUAAUUCUUAUCAAGAAGAUCCAUUUCGGACAGUUACUCACUUACUAGAAACAAAUAUUCUAGAAGGUUUCUCUUAUGCUGUUAAUGCUGGUGAUCCAGAUAUCUUUAUGUUCUUCUUAGAAAAGAUGCCUUUAGAUGCUGAAAUGGAUUUAUCUAAUGGUUUAUUAGUCUCGUUUAUUGAUCAGUUAGUGGCAGCAACUGGAUUAGGCUGGCGCAGAGAGCCAGUGCCACAACGACUUAAGUAUGCUUUGUUAUUGAAUAAUGCUCUUUCGCAUAUUCAGAAGAAGUCUUUAGGACCAGCUGAUACUUUAGUUCUUCAGAAGAGUUUAGCCUUGUUAUUAGGACCACAUUCAGAUUAUGGCGCAUCACCCGAGGAACAAGAAACUCUACAAUUAAUAGAUAGUCUUAAAAUAAGAUCUCAUUAG